AAACCUGACGGUCCUGUUCCAACAAACACUCCACCACAGUUAACAAAGGCUGUAACGACGAAAAUGGGCGGUUCAACAACUCAGGCGACAAGUAAGUUGACACUGAGUAAAAUUUAAAAAUGUCAGCUAUAGAAAUGAUCGACUAAUAAUCGUUCAGAGAGAAAAUACUUCGAAAACUCUAACUAUAAAUAUUGUCAGAAUUCGUAACCAUGGAUGGUAUCCACUGUUAGCGGGCAGCAGUAAUGCUGAAAGGCGCGGAGCAUUUCCUAUUAUUCUUAACAAUUAAGGCACCGUUCUUUGGCAUUAAAAGAUGCUUAAGCGUUAUUGAAUGCGACAUCCGGGCUUCGAUAUCAGAAUUAUACUGUUUACAAGCUUUAAUUUGCUGUGUUGGUCUAUUUUUUACACCAAACAUUUUCCAAACUAUUGUCUCCUGAAUUUUGGUAAAAUACCGAAAACAAUUCUAGCUAUUGCUGUUCAGUUAUCAAAUGAAUGACUUUGGAUUAAAAAGUAAAUGACGAUUUUCUUACUUUCAAAGAAUAAGUGGACUUUGAGAAUACAGAUAAUAUAUUGAAUAUUGCCGGAGGUUCACAUUUUCACAAAAUUAAUCGGGUUUAAAUGCAAAUUUUUCGUCAACAAAAACCACCAAAAUAUAAGUGUACAAUAAUUAAACAUUAAUUCGCUUUAUUAUUUACCUUUAACUUAAAAACCUAAUUUUGCAGUUAAUUAAUCUUUACAACGUGAUCCACAAUUUUUGCUGCAAAAUUCACACCAAAAAUCCCCGAAGGUUCUGAAAUUCAACCAACCAGUAAGUUAGUUGAGAAUGAAUGAUUAUAAUAAGAUUCCUGCCCGUUUCUGAGAGAAAAAACUCAAAAUUUCUAUUUUAUUGCCUUGCGUAAUCUUUGUUUUAGUAAAACCUACGACGACGGUACGGAAAAAAGGUUCAACAACUCAACUCACUGGUAAUUAAGUUCACAAUAAAACAGGAAUCUAAAAUUCCAUAUUCUUCCUUGCAUGUUUUUAAAGCAUAUUUAAAUUUUAUGCUUUGAAAUAUUUUUUAUGAUUAUAUCAAUAUCUAUACACUUAAAAGAUGAAUUAGUCUGCAAACAGGCUCUCAAGGUGAAUUGAGAGCCUGCACUGACGAUAUACAAUUUUGAAUAUCUGCCCCGUAACGUUAGUUUUUCCAAAUAUGGAAUGUCUAUCCUAAUAUGGUGUUGUUUACAAUUUUCGUGCAAACCAUAGUUAAUAGAAUAGAUGGUUUGGAAACUCAUUAAAAUAACAAUAUAACUCAUUAUCUAUGUUAGUCAACGUUUAUUCAUAAAUCUGGUCGUUCACCGUCACGUGUGUAUUGGAUUUUUGCCCAACUAAAAAAUAGCAAUGGCUUAGUAGGCCUUAGUAAAGUUACCUAACUGUCACUCGAACAGUAUGGUAAAUUGGAAAUUGCUAUUGGUGGAUUUGGCAAAAAUAUAAUACACACGUGAUGGUAAAGGACCAGAUUUAUGAAUAAACGUUGACUAACAUAGAUAAUGAGUAAUAUUGUUAUUCUAAUAAGUUUUCAAACCAUCUAUUCUAUUUACUAUGUGCAAACUAAAUUUAGUCCGUGCAAACUAAAUUUAGACUGUAUAGUUUGUACUGUUUUUCGAAUAUAAGAUAUUCAAGCGAAAGUUUAAAUGUUUUAAAUACUGUUUUCUCAAAACAGAACAUUUCGUGCUUUGAUGAAGAUGGCCAAGACCAAUUUGAUCAGUUAAUGUGUUUUUUAUGCACAGUGCUUCAGUAAUAUAUAGAGCUCAGCGGAAACAUAUAAAUUAUAGCAUCUGACCAAUGAGAAUUUUGCGUCAUGAUUUGAGACGCAGAUUUUCAAAUUCAUUAUAGUCAUCGAUGCAGGCUCUCAAUUUACCUUGAGAGCCUGUUCGCAGGCUAAAGAUGGAUGAUUCUACAACUUAAUGUAAUCAAAUUUUGAUAUUGCGCUAAAGCUCACUUCCACAUUCUUCCUUUUAUUAUUUUCGGUAAUAUUUUAUUUAAUGCUUUUAAUUAAUUUCUUCAUAUAAUUAUAGUACAGCCUACCACGAGAAAAACAGAUGGUACACAACUCAGUUAACAAGUAUAGGUUCACAAUGAAUCAUUGCAUGUAAACAUUCUAUAUUCAUCCAUGCAGUUAUCUUAAGAAUAUUAAUUUUUUUACGACUUUACUACGAAAAAUUAAUCUCUUCCUAAUUAUAGCAACAUCUGCACCGAAAAAGGCAUAUGGUUCAACAACUCAACCAACACGUAUGUGCACAAAUAAUAUUUAGAUUUUUUAUUUUAUUACUUUUCUUUAACAUGCAUGUGUUAAUGGAUAAUCUUCGUUCUAUAUAGUAAAAUCUACGGCGAUUGGGCAGACAAAAGGUUCAACAACUAAACCAAAAAAUAAGUUCACAAUGAAUUUCUUUCUUUAAUAUCUUUCCAGCAUAUUUAAUUUUUUGCUUUGAAAUAAUUUUUUAUAAGUAUAGAAAAAUUUACACCUUAAUAAAAGACAGAUAACUCUACAACUUAACCAAAUUUUAAUAUUGCGAUAAAAAGCUCACUGCCAUAUUGUUCUUUUCUUUUUUUCUGCAGCCAGUACUUAAUUUUAUGCUUUUAAAUAAUUUAUUUACAAUUAUAGCACAGCCUACCACGGGAAACGCAGAUGGUUACACAAUUCCACUUCCAUAUUCUUCCUUUUAUAACUUUCGGCAAUAUUUUAAAAAAUGUUUUCAUAGUUGUAGUACAGCCUACCACGAAACUGAAAACAGAUGGUUUAUACGCAAUUCAACCAACAGGUAAGUUACUAUGAAUCGUUGUAAACAUUCUAUAUUCAUCCAGUCAUCUUAAGAAUAUUAAUUUUUUUACGUUUUCAAAUAUUACUCGUCUUUCCAGUUAAAGGAACAUCUACAUGGAAUAAGACAUAUAGUUCAACAACUUUACCAACAAGUAUGUUGACAACUAAUAUUAAGAUUUUCAUUGUAUUGCUUUUCAUUAACGUGCGUAUAAUGCGUAUAUAAUCUUCGUUCUAUAGUAAAACCUACGACGACGAGGGAAACAAAAGUUUCGACAACUCAACCAACAAGUAUGUUCACAACUAAUAUUACGAUUUUCAUUUUAUUGCUUUUCAUUAACGUGCGUAUAAUGCGUAUAUAAUCUUCGUUCUAUAGCAAAACCUACGACGACGAGGGAAACAAAAGUUUCGACAACUCAACCAACAA